GCUCCCCAUAAUGUUAGUGCAGCCUUGCAAGCAAUGGCCGUGUGGUUAGCUUGCUCGAUUCACUAUUGGAGUAUUGAUGUUUUCUCUAUACGGAUUGUCAGUGUCUGUUGACAGUUCAUAAAAUGAUUAAAGUGGAUUAUAUACUUGUGAAACAUAUAUCUAGUUAACGUGUUCAUACUGUCUUAUCGAGACCAGUCUUCAUUUUUUCUUAUACGUGCGUGAACCGUUUGCAAAUCUCAAGAUGGACGUAGCCGAUAACAUAGAUCCAAAUUUUGAGCCACAAAUUAGGGCACGUUCUAACACAUGGCCUCUCAGGCCAAAUCGUGAAAUAUUAGACGCACAAAACAGCCCUGUUUCAGAGGAAUCUGGGGAUUUAUCAGUGAAAGAAACGAAAGAUCCUCUUGGUUUAAAUACCAAAAAAAGUGGGUCUAGAAGAAAUGCUUGGGGAAAUUUAUCUUAUGCCGAUCUUAUCACUAAGGCAAUCCAAAGUACACCCGAAAAGCGACUGACAUUGUCACAAGUUUACGAUUGGAUGGUUCAAAAUGUGCCAUAUUUUAAGGAUAAGGGAGAUAGUACGAGCUCCGCAGGGUGGAAGAAUUCCAUUCGUCACAACUUGUCACUACACAGUCGUUUUAUGAGAAUCCAGAAUGAGGGUACGGGAAAAAGUUCAUGGUGGGUUAUCAACCCUGAUGCAAAACCCGGUAAAACACCUAGACGUAGAGCUGGAAGUAUGGAAACAAAAAGUUAUGAAAAAAAACGAGGCCGUAUUAAGAAAAAGGUUGAGGCUUUACGUGCUGCAUUAGAAAAUAGUAACAGUCCUACGUCUACUACUGAGGAUUUCUUGGACCCUGCUUAUCCGUUCUCGUUAAGUGAUUUUCGACCCCGUGCUAGUUCCAACGCCAGUAGUUGUGGGGGACGCUUGUCUCCAAUUCAGGCUGGUCUUGAAUCCGACCUCCACGAUAACCAGGUUCCACCAAUGUCACCAAUACCAUGGGCCACGGAAAUAGAAAAUGGAUUUGGAUAUAAUUCCGGCGAUGGAUUUACGGAUCAGUUAGUAGAUUCUCUUGUCGAUGGUAUGAAACUUGGUGACACAGGAGGCCUAAAUAUAGCAGAUUCUAUGGACAUGAGUGAUCAGUUUUUACCCAGUAACUCUAAUAGUGGCGACAUGAAUUUGCCUGAUUUCAAUCAAAAUACUAAUUUUAAUAGCUCGAACUUUGAUAACCAAUUUAACACCUUACCAGCCCCUCCUCCUUACCCAGAUCGAACAAAUGUUCUAACUAAUCUGGAUAGAAGUCCAGUAACCAAUGGUAAUACUUUCAUGCAGAGAGCAACGCCACCUGUGUACAGGAGACAAGAUUUGUUUCAAGAGAAUGGCCUGAGUCCUAAUGUUAACGGCCAGAGCCCUUUGACCGUGACAACCCAACAAUUAAACUCUCCUGUUAGAUCUCCAGCACAAGGUAGUCCUCAAAGCUUCCCAAAUCGCCUCAGUCCACUUCAACCGCUGCCCAACCAGAAUUGUCAGGGUUCUCCUCAAGCACGGCAGAUCUCACCACAAGGACGUCAGUUGUCUCCCCAACACAUCGGAGGUGUAGUGGGAAAUGGUGGACCGAGUGCCCGUACAUUGACCGCUCUACAGCAACAUUUACAACAGUCUAACAACGACUCCAUCCUAAGAGCUGCCUUGACGCAGGGUCCCGCGGGCUACCAGCAACCGACAACUUCCUCCAACAAUACCCAGCAGUUUCAACAGUCGUUCACCAACACUGUGAACGCGUUCCCGAAUAUGAACGGGCAGGUUACUUCCAUUAACGCUAACAUGAUGAACCAUGGGGUCACCAGACAGGGCCAACAGCAAUUAUUGUCAGAUCAAGACCUCAUGCAGGGGGAUUACAACCAAGUUCCUCAGCAGCAGACGGGCAACACUGGCCAUGGCCACCCGGGCAAUCCAAAUGCGGGACUUGAUAUAGACAUUGAUUCUCUUAUCGCAGGAUUAGAUUACGAUGUAGAUUCUAUAAUAAAACAGGAACUGACACUAGAAGGUAACUUAGACUUUAACUUUGAUUCGGGUUCGCAGCCAGGUGGGCGUGGAACGGUUCGAUGAUUAUAUAGGAAAUUAGAAAAUAUAGAAUUUUAAUGUUUUCUCUUUUUUUAAAAAAAAAGUGCAUAUUGUUAUAUUUGCAUGCUUGUCCGAUAAUCGUGGUGAAAAUAUACUACUGCAGGUGAUUGAUUGUAAAUAGGGCAGCAGCACGGGAUGAUAGUAUCCAUGGAGACAUUGUACCACACAAUUGGGUAAAAAAUAUGGUACAUUUUAUACACAUUGUUCAAAUAAUUCAUCCAUUGGUAGGGAUUAUAAAAUCAUAGUGUUGAUAAUAAACUGUUAGUACAUUUAAAGAACUACUAUAGUUGUUAUACUACCCAUUUCUUUCGUGAAGUGAAUUCAUUGUUAUUGGAGAGGUUAAAUACAUUACAUUACUAGAGAAAUACUGUUAUAUUUCAUUAUGUUUUACUUAAUUAGUUCAUCAAUAGUCUAUCCUGGCGUUUAUUGUGCGUGUUAUAUAUAUAUAUUAUAUAUCAUAUACUAUUUCUAUACGUUGUUCAAAAUAAACAAUGCUACAGUGCCAAUGGUUUGCUGUAUAUAAUACUAAUGUCGGUGACAUAACGACAAGAUUGUUACGUGUGUCACCAUUGUUCUAAUAUUUGUUACGUUUGAAACUUGUAUUUUAAAAAAGGGUUCCAGAAUUAUUGCAGGGAAUAUUGUUGAUUUGACUCGUCCAUGAACAGAUUUCAAAUAUUUCUGUUUUUAAAGUGGGAAAAAUGGGACUGCCAUGGGAGAAGUUAUUGUGAAUUGUUUUAUCAUGCUCCAUGUUGACAUGUGACAGCAUGGGUGGUUACUGGUGGCAGACCCUAACAGAGUGGGUUUUGAAAGUAAUGAGACAGCUAUGGAGAAUUUAAGGAGUGGAUAUCGCUUGAAGUACUUGUACAGUGACUCUUGCCUUGUUAGCUGAGUGGAUGUCACAGAAGAUAUAAUUGCUCUCCCUUACGUACAGUAGUAAAUCAUAUAUAUGUGUUAAAAUACAGGUUAUAUGACAUAGUAGCUGUGGUUUAUAAAUGCAUAUCGCUAACAGUACGUUGGAUGUGAUGUGAGUAGUUACUGGUGGCGAACCCUUUUGGCAAAUCCUAAAUAUGUGUAAGAAACUCGUGUUAUGGUUAUCUAAUGUGAGUCUCUUUUUUUUUGUACAUACUAUAUAAGUACUAAAAUACAUCACCAACUAAUAAUAUCUACCUUCUUGAGCAUAAUGCUUUGUGGUACAAUCUGUAAGCGCUCAUGUACAUUCGAUAUAUCCAGCAAGAAACAUCCCUUUUAAGUCAGAAACACCCUAAUCCCUAGCUAUUGGAAUAAAAUAACUUUAAAAAGUCAGAAACACCCUAAUCCCAUAGCUAUUGGAAUAAAAUAACUUUAAAAAGUCAGAAACAUCCUUAUCCCAUAACUACAUGUACAUUAAAAGUUGUCUUUCAAUGUAUUUUAGUCAGCGCAUAUUAGCCACAAACCUUUUACAAAUGUAUAUUGAAGCAACAAAAAACUUGAAUUAGUGGUAUUCAGUUUUAAGCUGUAAUUCUGAAGGACACUAUAUUGCAUUGAAUUGAUGGGCAACUGAAAAAUAAAUUUGUGAACUGGUCAAUUUCAUUGAAGUUUACCCUCCCUGAUUACUGGCAUAUAUAGGUCAAAAAGAAGAGCCCUUUGUAAUUAAGGGCUAAUAAUUGAAGACCGUCUGUGAAAUCGUACAAAAGAGUGAAACCUGAUAUUUUGUUUAUUGGAAAAGGGUUUGAUGGGAGACAAAGAAGUCUUUGAAUAGCUGACAAAUAUUGUCAUUAAAAACAAAUUAGCAUGAAUAGAACAAUCUUACAUGUACUAUAAAUAGUAUCCUUUUAAUCCCUGAAGAUUGUACAUGUAUUAAAAUUAUGUUUUUUUGUACAUCCUCAUUAUAGCUGGAGCUUGUUGUCUGAUAUAAACAUUUAACCAAAGUGCACUAAAAGUAAUCACCUUUUAUUUUAAUUACUAUCAUUCUUUACAUGUACAUGUAAUUAAAGUUAUGAAUUCCAUGAAGAAGGUGAUCCUCAGAUUAUGUGAUAAGCUACUAAAAUCAACUUGCAGCCCUUUAAAACUGAUUAAUCUGUUCGGCUAUCAUUAAUGAGAGAGAAAUUGGGUUAAUUCUACUCAACACAGACUAGGUCAUUUUGGGCACUAACCUGCGGUACAAUUUUUUUCAAUUAUUCACUUGAACAUAGGGGUCCUUUCAUUAGUGAUGCAUGAGCAAGUGUAUACUUAGACUUGGAAAGAAUUCAUAUUUUUAAUGUCAUUUCAAAAAUUUGUAGAUCCUUCUAUUUAAUCUCUACUUUUCCAACGCUUGUGUUUAAAUGACGAAUGCAAACAUUCGAGAUUUGUUUAUUAUUUUCGGGGGAUUUCAAUGCAUUGAAAUAAUUACAUUAGUGGCAACAGGCCCGGUCGAAGAUUCAUUUCAAGUUAUUAAAUCAUUCUAUUCAUAUCCAGAACCUGUUUCAGUUUAAAUAGUAGUGAUAAAGCCCCUCCUACUUUCUAAAAAUCAUAAUGUUUAAGUUGCAAUCAUUUUGUGAAAGGGGUGCUUCAUAAUGUGAAAAGCACCACACACACCUUACAUGAAUUUGGAUUAGACCUUCUAAAUUGAUGUUUUUUGCUGGAUAUUAUUCGACAUGUGCUGAAUCCAAACCCAGAUUUUAUAAGAAACAUAAUUUUAUUCAAUGAACACUUUAAAGUAUGCCGUCUUUCCCUGUAUCAUGUAUAAAACAAUUGUUUGUUUAUUCACACUGUUAUAGAAAGUUGUUUAUAGAUUUAUUUUUGGUGUGAUUAAAAUCAAAGCUGGUUUUUAUGUUUUGAAUUUCAAGUAGAUUGUAACAUAAACUGUAUCAUCUUGUCCUUUUCCUUGGUCAACUAUUACAAUAUGUUCCUUGGGUGAACAUGGAAUCCUGAUUGUCAUAUUACUGGACGAUGGUGACUACAAUGCUAACAAUCUCCUGCAGUCUGGUGCCAAUCAAAUAACAAGGUUUGGUAACCACUCUUGGCAAUCAUUACCCUCAUUGAAACAGUUGUUCUAUAUGAAUUAGCCUAUAAUAAUACAACAGUUUAUGAAAUAGGCAAGAAACUGUCCAUGUCUAGGUCAAACUUAGGGCUAACUUAAUUUCUCAAUUGUGAUUGGUCGGUAACUUUUCUCCUAUAGGCACAUGUCUGAGUCACAAUGAGACAUUGUCAUUAAUCUGGCCUUCAAUGUGUUUUAGACAUGGCCAAACAUUUUUUUUUGCAGAAACUGUGUAUUAUAUGUUUAGAUUGUAAGCUAAUUUUAGAUAUAAUUGAUAAAGAGGUUUGUUACCUUAGUAAUUGAAUCUUUAGCAAGAAACUGUUUGGCCAUGUCUAGGUCAGAUUUAGGGCUAACUUAAUUUCACAUGGCCAAACAUUUUCUUGCAUAAGCUGUAUGUAUAAAUUUAGAUAUUAGGCUAAUUCCAAAUCAGAUAACUGAUUAAGAGGUGCAUGACCUUACUAAUGACAUCUAAGGGCAGUAGUGGACUUAGGAGAAUUGACAAGAUAAAAAAAUGUGUAGGUAAAUGUAAAUAUUAUAAUGUUAUUAAUGUAUUUCAUGUAGCUGUACAUAUCGGCACAAUAUUCACCCGUUAUAUCUUCUUGUUAUUGAUGUACAGAUAGUGUAAAUAAUAAUCAUUCAUGAAAUAGACAUGCCUACUUACUGUAUAUUAAAGGGGAAUGUUACACACAUCCAUUUUUUAUUUGAGACAUAUAUCGGUGUCCAGAUUUCAUAAAUUUGAAUUUUAUUGAAAAAUGAAAUUUAGAAUAUAUUUGCAGUGAGACGGAUGACCAACAUGUAGCAAUUACACAUGUGAUUGCUGGUUAUUAUUUUUGGCAUACAUGUACAUGAGUUACAGAAAUUUUACAAAAGUAGAUUUCUGAUCCGAUAAGGUUUAAUUUUACAAAAGUAGAUUUCUGAUCAGAUAAGGUUUAAUUUUGCAAAAGUAGAUUUCUGAUCAGAUAAGGUUUGUUUCAAGAACACAUACAUGUACAUAAGUAAAUUCAAUAUUUAGGAUAUUGAAACAAGUUAAGAUGCUCAUAAAAGUUUAUUAACAAAAUUGCUGGACCUGAGUAACUUUUCCCUUUAACAUUACAUAAUAUGAUUGUUUAUUAUGUUGAUCUCUUUGUAUCAUACAUAUGUUCUCCAUGACCAGUAUAUGAGUGUGUGUGCGUGCGUGUAAUUGUGUACGUAUAGUGUAUGUGCGAAGACGUAUUGCCUGUGAUAUAUAUCUGUUUGGCUAUCAGACUUUUCUUUUCGUUAUUUUUAGCAGUUUUUAGUUUAAUUUUAAAAAAAUAAAAUAAGUUGUUAAAUUUUCCUGUUAAAAAAUGUUUUCUCAGACUUGGGGUGGUACGCACUGCACAAGCAGCACUUAGCUAAUGUUAAUGCUGUGUGUACAACUCUUUAGGAACAGUAGGAUUAUAUUAUUUUAAGUUGUUAUAGUGCUGUAAUUUUAUUUAUAUGUAUGUUUUAUUGAAAUAAUGUAGUGCUGAUUUUUUUUUAAUUUUCUUUCUCGGGGCUCCCUUUUGCACAAAAAGGCUUUGACCUCUUUGAUUUUGGACAAAAAUAAGGGUCAUCUUAAUGAAAAUUUAUGUGUUGAUUAGCUGGGAGACUUCCUACAUUUUAGGACUGCAGAUAUGACAGUUUAUGGUAAAACUGAAUUAGUAAACAAAACCAACAUCUGCUUAAUCUUUUGAUUUAAUCAAAUUAUAAUAGAUCUAGUUUCACUUCUAAUUGAAAUAAAAUUAUGAUAGAUCUAGUUUCACUUCUAAUUGAAAUCAAAUUAUAAUAGAUCUAGUUUCACUUCUGAUUGAAAUCAAAUGAUGAUAUACCUAGUUUGAAUUGUAAUUGAAAUCAAAUUAUAAUAGAUCUAGGUUCACUUCUAAUUGAAAUAAUAUAUUAAUUAUCCCAAUUCAACACGAUACAUGUAUGUUCAAUUGGUUAUUUUGACUAAAAUCAAAGAGGUUUAAACCAUCAAUAUAGUGCUAUAGUAAUAAAAUAAAAACACUGUAGUAAUCAGUUCAUAUAUUUCCCAGGUUAAAGAUUAUACCUCAUAACAAACACGUACUAUUUCCAUUUUAAUAGGAGUUAAUAUUUUCACAAUUAAAACUAUUCUAUAACUAAUUUCCUGGGUACAUAUUUUUACAAUUUAAAAUGGGGCAUAAUCUAUGAAAUAGCCUAUAUUUUGAAAAUACUACAUUGGGAUUCAUACUUAUUUGGGCCCUUAAUCAGUGAAAACACAGUAUCCAGAAAAUAUUUUUGUUAUAGAUUUUUUGAAUAAAGACCAAAUUCAGUAAUUUAUUCCUAUUUUGAAGUGUAAAUGAAAUAGUUAUAAAUUUUAAUGUUAAAGUAAUUCAAUGAAAUUGCUGCAAUAUAUGGUUCUAUAUUCGUUACUAUUAUAAAACUCAUUGAUUUAGAUAAAUAUAUAUACAUGUAUUGUAGUAUAGUAUACUGCUGAUUAUAAAAAGAAAAUAACGUAUAAAUUCCAAUUUACCUCAAUAAAGGGUUGUGUGGAUAUGACGUAUACCAUUGGAAAUAAAGAAACUGUUUGUCAUUGUACAACACAAUACAGACUUCCACCUUUUAUCGUCACAACCCUGACCUGAAUAGAUUUAAAGAGCUGUCAUGAUUAUCAUUUUUGAGGGAUAUAUUCAUUACUUGAGGCCCCACUUAACAAUGAUUACAUAUAUUUAUAUUUACAAAAAACAAAACAAAAGCUCUAGGUCAGCUAAACAGUUGUGCAAUGAUGGGGCCAUAGACUAUAACUCAUCUUAUGUCUUAUAUACAACCAACACGGCACGAUUAUUCUACUUUCAGCUGCAUAGUUUACCAUGAGCAUUCGCAUCAUGCUAUCAACAUUUAAAACAAAGUGGGGGAGGGGGUAUUGUCCCGGACCCAGAAAUUAUAUUAAAGUCAUAAUAGCUCUUUAAGUUGUAUUUUUGAUUAAUAUUCAGUGAACCAUGGCUUAACUGACAAAAUAAGUACAUGUUUGUUUAUGCAUCAUAAUCCCAGUGACACUAUCAAUUCUCUGAAUAUUAAUGUUAAAUUAAACAUCUUUGUUUAAUGGACUGUCAGUUUACCCAAUGUUGGUUUAUUAGACUGUCAGUUUAACCAGUGUAGAUAUAUUAGACUGUCAGUUUAGCCAGUAUUGGUUUAUUGGACUAUCAGUUUAGCCAGUGUUCACUGUUUAAGGUAUGACCUGUUGUCAACUGCUUGUUAUUAAAUGCUAUAUAACAUGUUAAAGUAUACAUGUAUAUGUUGGGUACAGUGCCUUUAAUCUUUAUAGCCUCUGUACACUAUCUUUACAAUAUAUAGUCUAUAUCAAGAUUAUCUUUCAAUAAUUUACAAACCAGUCAGUUGUUUUAUGUAUGUAGCUCAUUAGACAUUUUUCUUAAUCUCUUUUUAUGAAUUAAAUUUUAAGGGUUUUUACACAUUAGAACUGUAAAUUUAGCUGUAUUCAUUGUGUUUUACACAACAAAACUUAUAUAAACAUAUUGUGUGUUCUAGGAGGAGUAAAACUCCAUUUCUUCUCUCUCUUCUAUUAUCUUAUCCAGAUUUUCUUGGCAACUUGAGAUAGAUAGAUAUUGACCAUGAGUUAUCACAUAUUUCACACUUCGUAUAUCAUGGCUCUUCCAUCAUACCUUGACCUCCAGUUACUUAUUUGAGCAGGUUACUCAUCUUACAGCUAGUUAUCUGUAACAAAAUCCAUUUUCUCCUUUAGUCUUUUGCCUUCAAUAGAUCUUUAAACCUGUCGCCCACACCUCAUAACUGUCAGAAAAUUGCUCACCACUAAGCCAUUAAUGUUCCUGGUUGGUAUUUUUCUUUUAGCUUUUGCCAAGGUUUUUUUACACAUUCAGUCAGUUUUUUAGAAAAAAAAUUUAAAUACCUAUGUAGCAGUUGUCAAGCCAUUAUGGCAUUAGGAUUCCAGAAUUCGGAUCUUUGUGUGGGCCAAGAAGAACCUUGGGAUUUUUCAAGCCUGGUUUAACUUGUUAGGACUUCAUCCUACAACUACAGUGAUGUUAAACCCCAUUUCAUUUCAUUUGUCAUUUUAAGCUAAAUUAACUUGACCUGAGACAUGAAUGUAUGUAGAUUAUUUUUAUACUGAAUUAUCCAGGUAGUAUUAGUGAGUAAAUCCUCAUUAGCAGGGAGGGAUCAAGUAUUUAUGGCAUUAAGUUAAAAAUAGCACCAAAAGGCUUACUUCAUCUCUUCAUGUAGGUUAGAAAGGACAAAAUACUAUACCAAGCAUUCAAAUAUUCUUGUUCAAAAUACAUAGAAGGGUGGUUGAACCCACUUUCGUUCAUCGAUUUGAAUUUUGUGGCUUUGAUUCCAAGUUUGUUCAGUCCCAAAAUGACCAGGGUUUGUAUCAGUGGACUCCCACACAAAUAACUUGUACCUAGACUUUAACACUCAUUUCCAUUCUAAAGAUUAUUUGGUUUACACCCCACCCAGCCACCCUUAAUUUCAGAAAAACUGAUAUCAAUCUGUUGAGAAUUGGAUUCAGUUUAAGUUAGGGCUUACUCCUUCUAGAACACCUCAUACCACUUCUCAUUUACUUUACUGUAUAAUAAUAUUACUGGUUUCAUGUAAGAAAAAGAAGAAAUUGUUGCUUUUAGUUUCUCAUGGUAUUAAAGUCACAUACCUAACAAUUUUUGUUGACCUUAACCUUUUAUUCCAUAUUAUAAUACAACAUUAUCAAUGCUUACUUACAAUGAGUUAUUGAUUAUGGCUUAAAGAAAUAUUUUUAUGUGAAAAUUUGCUGGUUAAAAUCGAAUUAAAUUAAAUGUAAAAAAAACCCCAAAAAAACAGAAGAGUUACUUCAACUCCUUAUUGGUUGUUGUAAAAAGUCUUCUUUAUAUUUUUAUUACUGGAUUAUCGUAUCCUUAUCCCCAAACCAUGAAUUUCUAAGGUCCACAGUCAAAUUACAUUGUUCUGGAGCCUAUAUGGUGGUUUAGGUCAUAAAGGCUUUUUUACACUGACCAACUUUUAUCUAUUUCUUAAAGUAACUGUGUGUGAUUUGCAUUUUUUGGAAAAUAUCAAAUUUCACAUGGCUUGGUCCAGGCUCAGCUAAUAUGUACUCAGAUUGAUUAUUAAGAAAACAAAAUCAAACUAUCAACGGUAGAUAAUCUCCCUGCAUGGAUCCAGCCCAUCAUAAAGAUAGCAGUAAAACAUUUACAUAGGGAGCAGCCUAGAUCAUGGUAUUUCAAUUGAUCAUUUUUUUGUUAAUACUGAACAAAAUUGAACUAUUUUUAGACUGAUAUUCCUAUUACCGAUAAUUAGAGAUUCAACUUUUACAAUAUUGCAGUUUGGAAGGGAUUCCUAUGUCGCUCAAAUCAAGCUCAGUCUUUAAAAAAUUAUUAAACGAGAAUAUAAAUGUUAAAAAAAUAAGUUAAUCAAGUUAUUGAGCUGAGAAUGUAGAAUAAAUGUUAUGCUUGAUGGUUAUGCUUGUUAAUGAUAUCAUUAUAUUAUGUUUUCAUUUCAUUUUGUGGUUUUGUUAAAAAUGCUUAAAUAUAUAUAUACAUGUAUAUUUUAUCUCUUGGGGCUGCAUUUCUGUUUGUUGUUAGAACCCAAAUUGGAGUUUAAAAUUAAAUGUUGCUUGUGUAAACAAAAUAAAUAUGCUGUUAGUCUUUUUGUGCAUUACCUCUUUUAGUGUCCAAGAGGGAUACCGCAGCCCCCUGUGAUCCUCAUUGCUAUCCUUUUGCAUUCACUCUUAGUAACAGAGCCAAAUGUUCAGGAGAAGCAAAUGGGACUGUGUGUCAUGAUCAAUGCUUUAAUUGUAUGCUGUCACAUUCAAUCCCAUGGAUGUCUGUUUCCACCAAGGUUGAUAUCUCAGGCAUGGGCAUUGUAAUACAUAUUAUAAUUAAGGGCCAUCAUGUAACACAUAUCAGUUAAGCCAAGCUUAAAAAGUCACAAUUUUAAUCUCCAACAAGGGUUAAACGCACAAUAGAGACCUUAUUCAUUGAAGACUUAAAUCCUUAAUAGUUGGUUGUAACUUUUAAUCAACAUUUUGUUACCAUAGUAAUUUUUUAACAAUCAUGAUUUUGGGUUACAAUUGAUUGCAGAGUAACUGCAGAACAAAACACAAAGAGGUCUAAGUCUUCAUGAAGAGGUACCCUAGAACUCGGCCCCUUAUGACAAUGAUGAAGACUAAUUUUAUAAAUAGUCAAAUGCUGACUGACAAUACAUAAGAUAUUGUUGAAAUUUAAUGGAUGUAUAAAAUAUGAUAUAAUAUGAUGUUCUGUUUGUUUAUGUUGAGAUUCUGUGUUAAUAAUAAUAUAUCUAUCA